AUGUUAACCACCUUGGUGGUUCGGCUCCUCGUCGGAGCCCUCCUUGCGACAUGCGUUGCCGCCAAUGACGCUGGAGAUGACUUCUCCAACAACCUGUUUUCUGAUUUAGCGCCACUGUUAGCGCUGUUUGGGGAGAGAGUUACCAUGCAAUUCAUGAGUCAAUCCACGGGAUGGUCCGACAAUGUUAUCCUGGCCGUGGCCCCGCUGGGCAUCAUUACUGCCGUCAUCGGGGCUAUUAGGGUUGGCGGCCCGACGUGGCUUCGAGCUAUUAUCGGGAGGGCAAGGGAGAACCGGGCGGUAGUCGAGGCCGAAUUAAUGUCCUCGACUUCUAAGGAGGUCUGCGAGCUGUGGAACGGUCGGGAUAUUGUACGUGUAAUGGGGGCGGGACCGAUCCGUGAAUUCAUCAUCCUCAUCCCCGAGGAGGGUGACGGAGAUCGAGGGUCGGUAAAGGAGGUACAGGUAAAGGGGUUGAUGAAUCGUAAAAACGAGGUCCAUGAGGUUCAGGAUCGAUACCUUACUGAGUACGUGCGCACGUUCCAGGACAGCAUCUUCGACCCCUCGAAGAUAGUCGGGAUGUUCAAGUCAAUUCUCAAGAAGAACAACCCCCCGCAUAGUGGUGAUCUCGAGGAAGCCAUGCACAUGACGCUGGAUGACACCUGUUCCAAGGUGCCCGACACAGGCAACAAUCCGGGGCUCGGGACUGACCGUGACAACCGCCCAGUUGUGGUUAUUCGGAAUUUGGACGUGCCCGCGCCUAGCCUCACGCUCAAUGUACGGAGUCGGGUAAGCCGGGGAGAGCUAUAUCUGGUUGCGUUAUUCGGUACUCUCCUUCAGCUCGGCGUCCUAGUCUUUUCUGGGUUUACUGCGUACCACCCUACGCUUAACUCUAACUGGCUCAAGGAUGGGAAGGCUGUCGCCGACUACGCCUUUCCUUGUAACGCGAUAGGGACCCUGUUGUUGGUAACAGGUGUACUCAUUUGUAGCCACGUUGUCGAGGGUGCCACAUUGGAAAGACGAUACCGGCCAGUCGGGGACGAGGCCCGUGUUGUAUGGCUGCAACAGUCGGGCACAGUUAACGACCAGACCUUCGAAUCAUUUGCUAUAUUCCCCAGGCAACCCCAAACAAUAAUCACAACGUCCCAGCGCAAGGAUACACACGGUUCGUCACCUACUUUGGUACUUGGAGAGACCAUCGCCGUUAUCGGAGCAACGAUCAGCCUCUGCGGCUUCGUCGCUCAGUUUGUUGGCUUACGCGGGAUGCAUUGGUCGUCAUCGAUCGCCCAGCUAAUCGCGGUAGCCUUGAUGGUGGGCCUUAGGGCAUGGGUUCGCCGCAAUCUCGCACAGUUGCCGGCAUCCCAGCGUUUACUUUCAGGCCACGAGUUAGACUGGUUGGCUAUGACUCUAACUAGCGGACUCGCGAGAGCGUCCUGGCGCAUUCCCCUCAACAACGGCGGGGCCACCCAGGCUGGGAACAACGGAGAUGCCUCCCAAAACAACGGCGAGCUGGAUCGGUCGAGCAGACCGUGGGAUUGGAAAACCGCCGCUGUUGAGCCCCUGGGAAAGCUCCAAGCGCUGGAAGACACCAAUACUGCGAGUUCUGACGGGCCUGAAAAUCCAUUAGCAACAAGGGCUCACAGAGCAAUGAUGUUAAGAAGAGAUCUUGGUGAGGUGUCGGACUGGCAAGGACCGGCAUCCGCCGAGGCAAUUGCUCUGGCGCGUGCGAUUGAGAUUACCAUGGACACACUGUUUGGCACAGAACCAGGAGGCAAUGAGAAUCUUACCUGGCACCUCUCUACUUCGAGCUCUUCCGCGGGAUCAUCGGUAGCAUUUCGUGUGGAGCGACUCAGGACCGGACACUGGAAGGCUUUCUCGGACGAGCUCGAAGCCGGACUAUCGCUGUGGCUAUACUCGGUGGCUAACCUUGAAGAAACACCGGAGAAUGGUGUAGGGGGUAACCAGCAAGUGGAACAUGGGAAUCGCAGGACCAGCGAGAGAGGAUCCCUUGUGUUUAAAUCAAUGCGAGGAGAAGAUGACAAGUGGCUGCGUAUCAAGGGAAAACAAACAAAGCGUAGCCUCCGACUCCUAGGCCCAUUUACCGACACCCUAAUCCAGGAGCUCCGGUGGUGGAUACCUGUGUUUAGUGAUACUAACGUUAUCGGGGCAUAUAUGGAGAGUGAGCGACAAGGCCGCAACAACAUGAUCGAGGUGAAGAACCAUCGAAUAGUCGGGCCUGCGUCCACCUGGGGCCCUGGCUCAUAUAUCUGUCACAGUCCUAUCCCCGGCGAGGGUGCUUCUACCUCUGAUGACAGCAGUAUGGCGUUGACACCCGAUCAAGCCACUUGGACCGUGGCCGUGGACUCCUCCGUCCCUCUCGCCACAUUAUAUGCUCUGCACAUGUUCACUGCCUUCAUGUGGGCUGUGGCGAAGAGGAUGACGGCGCCGAUUCCAGGUGGAGCCGGCAUUCGGCCUUCAGAAGGGGGCAGCGCGCCCAUGGGGUGGAAGUCAUUCGCGCUGCACAACGGGAAACUUCACAAGAUGGCCCAAGACAUCCACAGCACCGGACUUGGAACCCUAGGAGACGUCUACCUUGCUAUCAUUCCACCCCUGAGCAUCGAACGGAAGUUACCACAGCCCGACGCCAUCAUUGAAUGGGCACAAGGGCGGGCCUAUCCACGUGGGCAGUUUGCGCCCAUGGACGGGACAACUGAAGUCUGUCUGUGGCUUCUUCAGGUAACGAAGGGGUUGCGAGAAGAUAUCGUGGGCAGGGCGGUCGCCGUUCUGAUGGAACACUUGAGGGUUGUCAACGAUACUAUCAAGCUAUUCGAAGCUCUGCACUCUCCCAGGUCACAGAUCCAGCGGUUGAACAAGGACAGGGAUAUCAUGACAAAAGCUUUGGAUGGCGUUGACGAUGGGGUGUUGGCGUUCAUUUUGGGGCUCUAUCAACUUCAACGUCGGCCUUGGAACAUUGCCUUGCCCCGAGCAAUUCAGCCCUUAGACGAGCGAGACGUGAUUCCCAAGCUCCAGGGCCUUCCCGAAAUUAAACGUGUUCCCGGCUUAUCCGUCCGGGGGUCUGCCCCACCUGUGGUUUUGGGCGAGAAAGAUGCGCUUGGUUGGACAGCUCUCAACUAUGCGAUCAGCCGCUCAUCGGGAGUGGACAAAUUCUUCGAUAUAAGCCCGGGAGAGCACCUUAAUAUUCGAGACCUCCAAGGAGCGGACCUCAACACUCGAGAUCUCCAGGGACGGACACCACUGCACCAUGUUUGCCAGACUAACCAGGCGAGCGAUCUACAUCAACUCAUACGAGCGAAAGCUGACAUCACCGCACGAGAUAUUUACGGAAUGACGCCCUUGCACUUGGCUGCGCAUUCCGGGACUGGUGAAAUGGUGAGGAUGCUGGUAAACGCUGGGGCAGAUAUAAACCAGACAGAUGGGUCGAGAAAUACGCCACUGCAUCUUGCUGCGUUUGCAGGAAGCAAAGAAGCUCUCAUCGCGUGUUUGGAAUAUGCAAACGUGACGUUGCGCAACAACCAGGCGGGAACCGCCUUGCACCUGGCUGCGAUUAGGAGGAAGGGAAGUGCUGAGGAGAGGGCUGAGAUAAUCAAGACUCUUGUUGAGAAUUCGGGCAUCGACAUAGAGGCAGUGGGGAGUCACGAGUUGACGCCGCUAGAGUAUGCUGCAGAGACCGGGCAUGACGAUGCCGUCAAGCUUCUCAUUGAAAUGGGCGCUAGCAUUGAAGGUAGCGAUGGUGGUGGUUCGCUUCUGGUCCCGAUACACUUCGCUGCUGAAAACGGGCACACGGCUGUUGUCAAGGUUUUUCUUGACCAAGGCGUCGAUAAGGAGAUCAAAAGUCUGACCGGCGAUACGCCGUUACACUGCGCCGCCAGACGCGGACACGAGGCUGCUGUUCGGCUCCUCAUCGAGGAAGGUGCUGACAAGGAAACAAGAAAUGGUUCUGGCUUAACACCGCUAUUGCGUGCCGCUGAAGGGGGGCACGAGGCAGUUACUCGGUUUCUCCUCGAGCAAGGUGUUGAUAAGGAGGCGAAGGACCGCCAUGGCCAGACAGCACUGCACACAUCUGUGAUCUAUGGGCAUAUGGCUGUUGUUAAGCUUCUCAUCGAGCAGGGCGCGGAUAUGGACGUGAAGAAUAAUAAGGGGUCGACAAUCCUGCACCUUGCUUGUCGUAACUUGGUGGAUCCUGUCAAGUUUAUUAUCGAACAAGGUGCUACGGACUUGGAGGUGAGGGAUAAUGACGGGUGUACCCCGCUACACUAUGCUGCUGACAGUGGGGCGGUGCACGUUGUCAAGCUUCUUAUCGCACUGGGCGCUGAGGUUGGGGUCAAAAACAAUAAAGGCGAAACACCAGCGAUGGUGGCGCGGGGCGAGUACAUUUCGGAAUUGUUGACACUGUAG